UAGUGAUAGACAAUGGGACUAGCCAACGAACGCUGCGAGCACGAACUGUGCUUUCCAAUCAGCACGCGAGGCUGAGAGGUGGGCGUGCGCACCAGCAGGGCAGGUUAAAUGGAAACCACCUUUGGGAGCUGGAUGCCCGUGUAGCUGUUCUACCACAGCAGUGUUUUGCAAUGAGUGGGGGAGGAGAGCAGCCAGACAUCCUCAGUGUCGGAAUCCUGGUCAAAGAAAGAUGGAAAGUGUUGAGAAAGAUUGGGGGUGGGGGCUUUGGAGAAAUUUACGAUGCCUUGGACAUGCUCACCAGGGAAAAUGUCGCACUGAAGGUGGAAUCAGCCCAACAACCAAAGCAAGUUCUGAAAAUGGAGGUUGCUGUUUUGAAAAAAUUACAAGGGAAAGACCACGUUUGUAGAUUUAUUGGCUGUGGGAGGAACGAUCGAUUCAACUAUGUGGUCAUGCAGUUACAGGGUCGGAACCUGGCAGACCUGCGCCGCAGCCAGUCCCGGGGCACAUUCACCGUUAGCACCACUCUGCGGCUAGGGAAGCAGAUCCUGGAGUCAAUUGAAAGCAUCCACUCUGUGGGAUUCCUGCACCGAGACAUCAAACCGUCAAACUUCGCCAUGGGUCGCUUUCCUAGUACAUGUAGGAAAUGUUUCAUGCUUGAUUUUGGCUUGGCUCGACAGUUUACCAAUUCCUGUGGUGACGUCAGACCACCUCGAGCUGUGGCAGGCUUUCGAGGGACAGUUCGCUAUGCAUCAGUUAAUGCUCAUAGGAACAGGGAAAUGGGAAGACAUGAUGACCUUUGGUCUUUAUUCUACAUGUUAGUAGAAUUUGUGGUUGGUCAGCUGCCUUGGAGGAAAAUAAAGGACAAGGAGCAAGUAGGCUCCAUUAAGGAGCGAUAUGACCACAGGCUCAUGUUGAAGCACCUACCUCCAGAAUUCAGCGUCUUUCUGGACCACAUCUCCUCUCUGGAUUAUUUUACAAAACCAGACUAUCAGCUGCUUACAUCCAUUUUUGACAAUAGCAUCAAGGCUUUUGGAGUAAUUGAAAGUGACCCUUUUGACUGGGAGAAGACUGGAACAGAUGGCUCUCUGACAGCUACCACCACUUCUACCACCCCUCAGCCACACACCCGCCUGACUCCUGCUGCCAUUGGAAUUGCCAAUGCCACUCCUAUCCCUGGAGACUUGCUUCGAGAAAACACAGAUGAAGUGUUCCCAGAUGAACAACUCAGUGAUGGAGAGAAUGGCUUCCCAGCUGCUGUGUCUCCAGAUAGAGUGCCUGGGUCCCCGGGACACCCUCGUCCCCAGGAGAAGGAUGUCUGGGAAGAGAUGGAUGCCAAUAAGAACAAGAUAAAGCUUGGAAUUUGUAAGGCUGCCACUGAAGAGGAACACAGCCACGACCAAGCCAACUGCAUCCUCCAUGCCCCAAGCCUUGGUUCUCCCAUCCGCGUGCGCUCAGAGACAGCUCAGCCUGACAGGGACGCGCGGCUGGUGCGCAGGCUGCGCUCCAUCCACAGCCUGGAGCUGGAGAAGCGUCUGACCCUGGAGCCCAAGCCAGACACUGACAGGUUUCUCGAGACCUGCCUGGAGAAGAUGCAGAAAGAUUCUAGUGCAGGAAAGGGAUCUGCUGUCCCUGCUCUGCUUCAGAAGCCUUGCCUCCCUGCUGGGUCCCGCAUGGACCACAUCUGGCACUAUGACGAAGAGUAUCUCCCGGAUGCCUCCAAGCCUGCCUCUGCCAACACCCCCGAGCAGGCCGAUGGUGGGGGCAGCAAUGGAUUUAUAGCUGUUAACCUGAGCUCUUGCAAGCAAGAAGUUGACUCCAGAGAAUGGGUGAUUGUGGACAAGGAGCAAGACCUUCAGGAAUUUAGGACACACGAGGCUUUAGGUCAUAAAACAACCGGAAGUCCUUCUGAUGAGGAGCCCGAAGAGCUUCAAGUUCUGGAGGAAUCACCCCAAGAGGAAGAGCUACAGUUAGGUCCUUGGGCAGGAAACGAUCUCUUAGGGAAGGAACCGACAGGUGUGGUCUUAGCACUGUCUGCAGAGUGCCCUGCCACAGCUCCUUCAGAACAGUGCACAAACAGACUGCAGCUCCAGGCUGGGGCUGCUAGUCAUUUUAUUGCUGCAACACCCACAAGUCCAAUGGAAGCACAAGCAGAAGGGCCCUUGACCGCGAUCACAAUUCCUAGACCUUCUGUGGCAUCAACACAGUCAACCUCAGGGAGCUUUCACUGUGGUCAGCAUCUGGAAAAGAAGGAUCUUCAGCCCAUGGAGCCUACUGUGGAACUUUACUCUCCAAGGGAGAACUUCUCUGGCUUGGUUGUGACGGAGGGUGAAGGGCUUCAGAUAGAUCAUGCUGGCCAAGACAUGUCUCCCCGUGUUAGAGAGAGUGACAGAUCUCAGGACCUGGGACCAAAAGACCUUCCUGAGGAUGACAGACUAGUUGCGAGGGGAUUUGAGAAUUUCACUGUAGAAACUGAAGAGAAAAGCUUUCUUCUAGGGUCAGGCCCUGAAGAUGCGGAGCUAAGUAAAGAAGAGCACUGUGUUGAGGUUGCCCUCCAAGGAGACACGGUCACUGUGGCAAAGGAUCAUUCCACUACUGCUGACCCUCUGGAGGAGACCAGGACACAGACCUUCAGUGUGGUGCCAGAUCAGGACAGAAAUCAGGAGAUCAUGAAGCUCCUGGCAGUUGGAACUUCUGAAUUCGCUCCGAGAGUCAUUGACCCACAUGUUGAAGGACAGCAGGGGAAGGUGGCAGCAAUGCAGAAAAGCAGGCCAUCCGAGGAUGAUGACCUCAAGACGGAAGACCUGCCAGAGCAUCAAGGAGGCCUCUCUGCUUUACUGCACCAAGAGGAUAAAAGAGAGCAAAGUGCCCUGAGAAACGGAGAGCUGGUUCAUUGUAUUUUGCGGCACGAGUGCACUCCCCCAGCCCGGAAGGAUGUGGUCAGGUCGUCCCUUGGAACCAGACAUAGCCGGAUCCCUGUUCUAGCACAAGAGAUAGAGUCAGCAUUCGAGUCGUCCUCUCCCAUCUCUGCGAAAGAGAAGCUCCUCCAAAAGAAAGCUUAUCAACCAGACCUGGUGAGACUGCUGGUGGAGAAAAGGCAGUUCCACUCUCUCCUCGGCGACCUUUCCAGUGCCUCUGAGAAGGUGCUGGAGGAGAAGCUGGCCGCUGUCCCCGUGCCCUUCUCUGAGGAGGAUGUCUUCAUGCCCUUUUCCAGACUGGCAGUAGAUGCUCCCCUGAGCAGGUCUGCAGAAGACAGCUUUCUGUCACCCCUCCUCUCUCAGGCUAGAAAGAGCAAGAUCCCAAGGCCAGUUUCAUGGGUCAGCACAGAUCCAGUGAGCAGCUCACCCUCAUCACAGUUCUUGCCUCGGCCACCACCUGGGAAGCCACCUGCCAGGCCUGGACUGGAAGCCAGGCUACGCAGAUACAGAGUCCUAGGAAGUAGUAACUCUGACUCAGACCUUUUCUCUCGCCUGGCUCAAAUUCUUCAAAAUGGGUCUCAGAAGCCCCGGAGCAGUACUCAGAGCAAGAGCCCAGGAUCUCCGCACAACCCCAAGACACCACCCAAGAGCCCAGUUGUCCCUCGCAGGAGCCCUAGCGCCUCUCCUCGGAGCUCAUCCUUGCCUCGCACGUCCAGCUCCUCACCGUCCAGGGCUGGGCGGCCCCACCACGAGCAGAGGAGUUCAUCCCCGCACCUGGGGAGAAGCAAGUCCCCUCCCAGCCACUCAGGGUCCUCCUCCUCCAGGAGGUCCUGCCAGCAAGAGCACUGCAAACCCAGCAGGAGCAGCCCCAAAGGGUCCAGUAGCCUCCACCAUCACCCAGCCAGCUCGAAAGCGCCCCCAGGGAAGAGCAAGCCAGCCAGCAAACUCAGCAGAUAGGAACCAGCUGCAGCCCUUCCUCCUGACCUGAUGCAUGUGUGUCCCCUGUCUAUUU